GGGCCCCGGGGUGCUCGGCGGGGACCCGCGCCGCGGGAGCGUCAGCCAUUGCUGAAUCCUCUGUGUGACGCCCCGCCCCCUGCCCAGCAGGAUUGGGGGUUGUCUGCCGGGUGAAGGGAUUUCCGGCCUCUCUCCUGCUGUGCAGUCUGGACCCCUCCCUGCCCAGCCUGCCCUUGUCCAGGACUCUGCUUCUAGGGGUGUCCCCUGCUCAGCAGUGCUCCAAGUCCUGACCAGAGGACCGGGGGCCUUCUCUACUCCAGAGGCCUUGCUGCCGGAGGCUGGGUGGGCCAGCUCUGGGCAAUCCUUUGUACUCAGGGAACUGGAUCCCAGGGCCCAGAGGACACCCCAGCUUCCGGGGGUGGGGAGAGGUCACACACCCUGAGACAUCUGGGAACUGGCCCUGCUUGGGCCAAAGCUGUUGCAUUAAAGCUUGUGCUGUACCCGGCUCAUCUCUAUGGCUUUACGUCAGCGUGCGAGUUACAGCUUAGAGCACCAUUGAGACAAACCCUUUCCCACAGACUCCCGCCCACUGCCAGGGAGACUGGCGAGCAGAGGGGGCAUCGUGGGGCUGGGGACCCACACCCACUCCAGCACGCCUGGUGUCUCGGCGCAGGUCCACAGACCACUGUUUGGAUCAGGGCCCAGGCUUCCAUCUCUCUGAGAUCGCAGCUGCAUUUGCGUAAGCCCGUUACAGAUCACUCCCUGCACCCAGGGGCCACUGCCCCCAGAGCCCCCUUGGGAAACCACAUGAGAAGCCCAGCUGUGGCCCAAAGCCCCCAUCAUUUCAAGGCCGCAGUUGCCCCUGAAGACACCUUUCUGGGAGCUGGCACGGAGAACACGGGCCAUGGUUUCCGGGCCCUUCUGUGGUCUGGUCCCCAAUGCUCUAAUACGUGUCCUGAGCGAGCCCAGCCCAGCUGAGCUGUCCACGCACCACCAGUCCAGCAGGGCAGGGCUGCAAAGUCACAUUGAUUGUCCUCUGUCAGGCAUCCGCUGUCCAUGUCCGCCAUCACGCCACAACCGGCAUACCCCAGGGCGGGGAGAGCGUGGGCUCCAGGGACAGAGAACUAGCGGUGACUGGGUUGAGGCCAGAUGGAGGAGCCUCUGGCCUUGUGCUGGGAGCAUGGGGCACUUGGCCCCAUCUGUGUCUCCUAAGGUCCGGUGGAGCAGCAGGGGGUGGACUGGGCUGUGUCUGCCCAGAGCCUGCUCUUCCCUCUAGGACCAUGCGUGACCCCCGGGGCCCAGGCCCUCCCUGCCCACGACCCCAAGCCCAUAGCUGGCACCCUACAUGCAGAGGCCACGUGCCCACUCCCCGCUGAGCAGGAUGGCCCUGGCGCUGUGCAGGUGGGGUGGGCUAUCCCCACAGAGCCUGCUGUGGGACUCUGGACAUCAGUAGUCCUAUAAUGGAACCUGAUGCCCCAGAUUUUAAUAGGAGUGUUUUUGUAAAGACAGAAAACUGGGAAGUUUUAUUAGUUCCUUGAACAGAACUCAGACCCGUGGGACCCCUCCAGGCUCCUGCUGGCCCCAGGUAUCAGGGCCACGCCCGGCAGCCUGUGUUCCAGGGGGCGCAUCGGGUUGGCGACUGCAGGCCGGCCGCAGGAGAUGGCCCCAGGGGCGUCUGCGCUGCUGCUGCUGCCGCUGCUGCUGUCCCUGCCUGGACCCCCGCCCUGCGCCGCUGGCUGCCCGGCUGCCUGCCGCUGCUACAGCGCUGCAGUGGAGUGCGGCGCCCUGCAGCUGCGCGCCGUGCCUCCUGGGAUCCCGCCCGGGACGCAGACGCUGUUCCUGCAGGACAACAGCAUCGCGCGCCUGGAACCGGGCGUCCUGGCCCCGCUGGCCGCCCUGCGCCGGCUCUACUUGCACAACAACAGCCUGCGCGCCCUGGAGCCAGGCACCUUCCGCGCGCAGCCCCGCCUGCAGGAGCUGGCGCUCACGGGGAACCGGCUGCGGGGCCUGCGCGCCGGUGCCUUCGCAGGCCUGGCCCAGCUGCGCGUGCUCUACCUGGCUGGGAACCAGCUGGUGCGGCUGCUGGAUUUCACCUUCCUGCACCUGCCGCGACUGCAAGAGCUGCACCUGCAGGAAAACAGCAUUGAGCUGCUGGAGGACCAGGCACUAGCCGGGCUCUCCUCGCUGGCGCUGCUGGACCUCAGUGGCAACCAGCUGGGCACCAUCAGCCUCGAGGCCUUGCAGCCCCUGGCCAGCCUGCAGGUCCUGCGCCUCACAGAGAACCCCUGGCGCUGCGACUGCGCCCUGAACUGGCUGGGAGCCUGGGUCAGGGCAGGUGGCCAGCGGCUGCUCAGCUCCAGGGACAAGAAAAUCAUGUGUGCCGAGCCUCCUCGCCUGGCGCGCCAGAGCCUCCUGGACGUGCCGGCCAGCAGCCUCAUCUGCAUCCCACCCUCCGUGCACGUGGAGCCGCUGGAGAUGACCGUCCGCCCGGGGGAGGACCUGCGGGUGGCCUGCCAGGCAUCUGGCUACCCGCAGCCCCUGGUAACCUGGAGGAAGGUGGCCCGGCCUCACGAGGGACCGCGGAGGGCGCCAGUCUCGCCAGCGGGCAGGGCCCCGGGCCCCAGCGGGCAGGGCGCCCCUGACACGGGCAGCGGCAUGCUGUUCCUCAGCAAUGUCACCCUGGCCCACGCCGGCAGGUACGAGUGCGAGGCCUCAAAUGCAGGCGGUGCCGCGCGCGCCCCCUUCCAGCUCCUGGUGAACCUGUCCCGGCUGCCGCCGCUCCCACCACCCCCUGCCACCGGCCCCGUCAGCCACGCGCCACUGCCCGAGGCGGGCAGCAUGGCCUUCCGCGCCCUGGGCCUGGCCACGCAGACCGCCAUCGCCGCGGCCAUCGCGCUCCUGGCGCUCACGGCGCUGCUGCUGGCGGCCAUGAUCUGCCGGCGACGUCGCCGGCGGAAAAAGGUGCCGGGGCCGCCCGGGGAGGGCGCGCUGUUCGUCAACGACUACUCGGAUGGGCCCUGCAGCUUUGCGCAGCUGGAGGAGCUCCGCGGCGAGCGCGGCCACGAGAUGUUCGUCAUCGACCGCUCCAAGCCGCUCUUCGGGGGCGCUGCCGAGGCGCAGGGGCUCCAGCCGCCGCACGCCGCCUACGAGAUCCACUGCUGAGGGAGGGCGGGGACGCGGGCGUGUGCCCACAGAGGGGCGGCUCGGUCA